AUGGCCUCUCCCAGCCAAACUCAAGGCUCAGCACCAGCCACCCAACCUCUCACUCCUCCCGCGGAAUUCUCCACAGCAAACGGCGUCUCCGCCCCCGCCGCAGCAACUACAACCUCACAAGCCGUCGCGCCCAUACCCGCAACGGCACCAACCACAUCAACCAACCAACCCUCACACGUCCCGGGCACAUCCCUCCAAGACAGCGGUAAAUCGCGACGCCCACGCGAUGUCCGCCUCGUACACAUGCUCCUCGCCUCCCUCGGCGUAACAGCCUACCAAGACCGCGUCCCCCUCCAACUCCUCGAUUUCGCCUACCGCUAUACCUCGAACGUCCUCCAAGACGCAGUACACCUUGCCACGGAAGGAUACGCCGCUGCUGUCGGUGAUAGCACCGGUGCAGGCAAGGGCGCGCCAUCCGCGGAGGCGAAUGGUGUUUCUCUCCCCGCUCUACGACUCAGCAUUGCUUCGCGCUUGCAUUACCAGUUCCAGACGGGCUUGCCGAAGGAGUUCCUUAUGGAUGUUGCGUCGGAGCGGAAUCGCAUUGCGUUGCCUGGUGUGUCGAGAGGAUUUGAUGCUGCGGCCGGAGGCGCGAAUGGAGCUGCUGCGAUGGGCACUGCGAAUCAGAGUGUUAUGAUGGCCGGUAUGCGAUUGCCGCCGGAGAGGUUCUGUCUUACUGGUACGGGGUGGAAUAUGAAGGAUGAGUGGGAUAGUGAAGGCGAAGAGGAGGAAUUGCCCGAUGCACCGCAACAGCAGAUUAAGGGUCCUGCUGCUACUGGUGCGGGCGAGGACGAGGAAGGGGUUGAUGAGGAUGAUGGUGAUGGCAAGAUGGAGGAUAUCUUUGGCGAGGAUACGGCGAUGGGCGAGGCGGGUGAUGGAGACGGGGACCAUAAAAUGGGAGAUGCCUAA